GGCAGAAGGUGUGCGGGGCUUGCAGUACAAAGUAGUUCAUAGAUCACCAGAUAUUUCCUAGAUUCCCGAAGUUUCUGUUCCAUUGUGAUGAUGGUUUAAAAAUCAAAUAGCAUUCUAAAUAAAGAUCCUUUGACCCCUGUGAACUGGGAGAGGAGGGAGGGGGAAAACCCGAACUGGACGCCUUGAAAGAGGAUAGUCCUCACAGGUUCCCCAGCUGGAGGAGGCACCUGCUUCUGGCUGCUUUGCUGUGUUUCUGGACUGCGCGCGCCUGUUGUCCUCCGGGGGCUCCAGCAAAAAACGAAGCGGAUCCCGCCAAGGUUGAAGUCGACCGACGGGACGGAGCAAAAGGUUCUUUCGGGGCAGCCGGAGGCGGUAAGACAGCCCGGGGUGAAACAUUAGUUACGCCGCCGGCCUGGCUCGGCGGCUCUGCUCCUACUCGCGGCCUUUCUUCCCUCUGGCCGGCUGCCGGAGUUAACUCGGGUAAGGCGGCGUCCUCGGCUGAACUCCGUUCGGCGAGGGCGUCUCUGAUGCGCUGGGGAGGCGCCUAUGGCAGAUGCGAAUCGUCGCUGCGGCCCCUGUUGUCCAGACUGCGGAGCGGACGUCCUCCAGCCGAGCGAGGUGACGCCGCCGGGGCGGAAGGGAGACGAGGGCCUUUCUGCAGACGCCUUUGGUCUUUGGGGAGAUGGAUCUGCCUUUGGAGGAACCGCCAACCCAGCCUCCAUCAGAACCACUAUCGGCACCUCCAAAAUCUGUGCCGGUGGGUGAGCUCCAGAGUGCCGUGUCUUGUUUUGCAGAGGAGACUGUGUCAUUCCUCUCUGUCAAUAGCUUGGUAAGCCAGUCCCUGCUCAGGGCAGCUAGCAGCCUGGGGACACAGCAGAAAGAGCAAGGGGUGCCCUCCGCCAUGGCCCGGCGCAAGCGAGAAUUCACUCCAGAUGAUAAGAAGGAUGAUGGCUACUGGGACAAGAGGAAGAAGAACAACGAAGCAGCCAAACGCUCUCGAGAGAAACGGCGGGUCAGUGAUUUAGCCCUGGAGGGACGAGUUUUGGCCCUGCUGGAGGAAAAUGCCCGCCUGAAGGCAGAACUCCUAGCCCUCAAGUUUCGCUUUGGCUUGAUCCGGGAUCCAGUAGAAGCUCCUCAACCAGCACUUACACUGGCCAGUGAACUCCAUCGGUCAGCCGCUCUAUCCCAGCACUUCCCAGUGGCUCCUGAGCUACCCCGCUACCCUUGCACCUUCCACCCAGAGCCAGCUACCAGUUCUGAGGACUCUGGCUUUUCCACCCCAGGAAGUUCCAACCUGGGAAGUCCUGUCUUUUUUGAGGAACGUGACAGGUCAGAGGAAGGAAUUAUGUACGAGAGGCAUUGCCUAGUACCCGAUGCUUCAGCUGAUGGAACUGAUCUGGGCCGUGUUGUCCGUUACGACUCCGGGGAGAGCAUCAAAGGUCUUCCCCACAAGUUGCGUUUCAAAAUGGCGGUAGGGUCAGAGGAGAUAGCUGGAGAGCAAUCUGGACACUGCCCACCUUCUCCACCGGGAGGAACAUGGAGGGGGCUGGUGACACGGAAAGACCAGCUAAGCACAGGGUGUUCUGCAGGUCCCCUGGCAGUUGAGAGUAAUGGUGAAACGGAGAUCCCCGGGGCCCCUCAAGAACCUGAGUACCAGGUAGAGAACCGCUCCCUACAAUGUCAGCUGGCCUCACUUUCAGCUGAAGUGGCCCAGCUGAAAAAACUGUUCUCUGAACAAAUCCUCAUCAAGAUGAACUGAAGGGGGGGAGACAAAGGUAGAAGGCGGUCCCUUUUCUUCCCUUCUUUCCUAGGGCUACCAAAUGUUGGCUAUAAAAAUUGAAUUACCACUAGAUGGUAGGCAAGAGCUAAGUUGUUUAUCCAUUUCUCUUCUGUCCUAUGAAGUAGUCAAGAAUUGUGCAGCCCAAAUCUUGUAUCCUUAUUUUCCCCCUUUCCCAUCUUCCAGUGCUCCACAUGUUUAUAUUUGCAUACAUUUAACCCUGGAAGUUUACUUUUGAUGUAAAGAUUUGUAUUAAGGAAAGCCCCUCCUCCUUUUAACGGUGUGCUCUAACGUGCUCUUUCCACAUUCUACAUUGAUUUCCCAUACAUGUAAGUUAAAGGAGGCCACCUAGCAUGGGAAUGCUUGGUUCAGUUUUGGUGGGGUGAAUAGGGCACAGCUACUGCUGGCAUCCUGGAGAGAAAGACGGAGGCGGCUCUGCAGUUUGUCAGUCUUUGGAAACUGUCCUGCUUGCCAUACCUAAGAAAGGUGAUACUAACCCAGAUGAACUUCAGUUAGGUAAAUACAUCUGUCCUUAAAAAGAAGGCAUUUCCUGGAUCAGGACAAGGGUUCAGCAGCUACCCAGAUGCAUCUUGGAUGAUAGAAACGUGGAUCUGAGGGCAAAGGCUCUUCCUCGUUGAUCUCCAGCAGCUGUUACACAAGGUACAUAUCCCCUGCAUGGUCCAUAUUAGACUAGUAAUAGUUUGAUCAGGGCUACAUUAAGUGGACUGCAAAACUCUGAAUGACCAUUGGGUGGCAGAAGGGAACUAUGUAGUGAUGGGGUCGCCAUUAAAAUAAGGCAUACUAUACAACAUAACAUUUAAAAUAUAAAACACAAGAUCAAAAUGUGCACAAUUUAAACAGACCUCGCCCAGAAACUAGUGAUGUUCGUUGCAUUCUGUUGUGCUGCUGUGAGGUCCUCAAUUGUGCGUUGAUCAGGAUACAAAGGACAGGUAUACAAAUGUGUUGCUGUCGGUGUGUCAUCACAAUUGCCAAGGAGUCUCCCCGAAGAAUGUGUGCUGUUAACACAUUUGGAUGUCCCCUGGGCAACAGCUUAUAGCUGGGUAAUCCUCUUGAUCCAGAAGCAUCUGAAGGGUAGUGAGACCUGGUAACCCUGAGUAUGAUCUUCCGUGAAUAUAGGCACUAUAUUCCUUUGAGAGUUACAUCAGGGGCUGUCGUGUCUAACUGAUCUGGACUUCUGGGAAACAAUCAUUAGAAAAUUGUUCUUGAGCACAAAUAGAUUCCAGGCUGCCUUUUGUAGCUUCUUUCUCCCCAUUUGGUUUGUCUCUAGGUAGACACGUGAAGUAGAUCAUGAUCAACAAUUAGGUGGUCCUUAAUUUAUAACCAUUUGUGUAGCAGCUGUUUGAAGUUAUAACAGUAAAACUGGUCCUUGCACUUACAACAGUUGCAGGAGCUUCGGUGGCUCAGUGGUCAGACUGCAGUACUGCAGGCCAUCUCUGCUAACUACCGGCUGCCUGCAAUUUGGCAGUUCAAAUCCCACCAGGCUCAAGGUUGACUCAUCCUUCCAAGGUGGGUAAAAUGAGGAUGCAAAUUGUUGGGGGGCGAUAUGCUGACUCUGUAAACCGCUUUGAGAGGGCUGUAAAGUGGUAUAUAAGUGCUAUUGCUAUUGCUAUCUCCCAGUCAUAUCAUCCAAAUUCAGGCAUUUAGCAAAUGGUAUGUGCAACAUCCUGGGAUCGCCAUUUGCGACAUUCCCACAUGGUAUCUGGGUAAGAAAAGUCAAUGGAGGAUGCCAGUUUUGCAUAACAAAUGUGUGAUUCACUUAACAACUGCAGUAAUUCAAUUCACUUAAUAAUCAUGGCAAAAACGGUUGUAAAAUUGUGCAUAACUGACUUAACUGCCUUGUUUAGCAAUGGAAAUUCUAGUUCUAAUUGUGGUUGUAAGCCAAGAACUACCUCUACAUCAGCUGCCAAGAUGGGUAAACCCAGGAAAAUUAGCAAACUGGUUUAGAACAAAGUCUCUGGAUUUCUCAUUACUUUUCCCAGUUCUUCAGAUGUGCCUGGAAACUGACUCUGAGGUUUGAGAAUGUGCUAAAAGUACUCUGCACAUGCUCCAACAUGCUCUUCUUUAUUCAUGUGAAAAUUUGACACUGCAAAUAUUCAGCUGAAGAAUUGUUAGCUGAUUAGUCAUAUUUUUGAGGUUUAUUGUUUCAAUGAUUUAAUAAACACUUUGAUUACUGUA